UCUCAGUUGCACCGGGUGCCUUGCGCUGUGGGGACAGGGCAGCGCUGCGCUGCGUGGGGCUGAAGUCGACCACAUCAGAGAGAAGUAGAGAGGAGACGGGGGGACAGACAGAGUCAGAACCAAGCAGACAGGAUUACCGGCUGAAUCAGACGGGACUUCUUCUUACUCAGUGAUACAUGAAUGCCUUUUUGGAGCUUCAUGCUGGUUGCAUACUACAGUCCUAGUUCGGCACCAUUACUAUGGUGGAAUUCAGUUAUUUUGUGCUCAGUCUAGUAAAGUUUUCCUUGGACUUGCUGCUGGCGACACUGACCCAUAACCCACAACUCUGGCUCGCUGGUUCCGUCUCCUCUGGAGUUGGACUCUAACUUUGACUUUUCACCCCCUUUCAUUUUUUAGCCCUGAUGGGAACCAAGCUGGACUGACUGCUAGCAGCCUCCAUUAAUAAUAUAAGGAACAUUUCUCCUACUACACCAGAUCAGAGGCGGACUGCGCUGGAGUCGUGCGUUUGAGGGACCUCGCUGGCCUCAGCCGCCCCAGGAACAUGGGCUCUCUCUGGGGCAGCAUUACGCUGCUGUUUGUGGCGAUUCUGCUCAGGACGGAGCGAAACGGAGCCCAACAGACCAAGAACAACGUGCCCCGAUUAAAACUCUCCUAUAAAGAAAUGCUGGAGUCUAACAACCUUGUGACAUUUGCGGGCCUUGCCAACAGCUCAGGCUACCACACCUUCCUGCUGGACGAAGAGAAAGGAAGGCUGGUCGUGGGAGCCAAAGACCACAUCUUCUCCUUUAACCUCCUCAACAUCAGCAAAGACUACGCUCAGAUCACUUGGCCGCCGUCUCCCACCAGAAGAGAUGAGUGCAAGUGGGCGGGAAAAGAUCUCUCGAGGGAGUGCUCGAACUUCAUCAAGGUGCUGCAGCCAUUCAACCAGACCCAUCUGUACGUGUGUGGGACCGGCGCCUUCCACCCAGUGUGCUCCUACCUGGAGGUGGGCAAGAAACCAGAGGACAGCGUGUUCAGGCUGGAGCCUCGCCUAGAAAACGGCCGAGGGAAGAGUCCCUAUGAUCCCAAGCUGCUCACCGCCUCCAUGCUAAUUGAUGGGGAGCUGUAUGCUGGGACCUCCGCUGACUUCAUGGGACGGGACUUUGCCAUUUUUCGCACUCUGGGCAAACAUCACCCAAUCAGGACAGAGCAACAUGAUUCCCGGUGGUUAAAUGAUCCCAGGUUCGUAGGGGUUCAUCAGAUUCCGGAGAGUGACAACCCAGAGGAUGAUAAGAUCUACCUGUUCUUCAGAGAGAAUGCGAUGGACGGAGAGCACGUUGGGAAGGCCACGCACGCUCGCAUCGGGCAGCUCUGCAAAAAUGACCUGGGAGGUCACCGGAGCCUGGUGAAUAAGUGGACCACGUUCUUGAAGGCUCGGCUCAUUUGCUCUGUGCCCGGAAGCAACGGAAUAGACACGCACUUCGACGAACUACAGGAUGUUUUCCUCAUGAGCACAAAGGACCCGAAGAGCCCGAUCAUCUACGGCGUAUUUACCACCUCCAGCAACAUUUUCAAAGGUUCAGCCGUGUGUAUGUACAGCAUGACGGACAUCAGGAGGGUUUUUCUAGGCCCUUACGCUCAUAGAGACGGACCUAACUACCAGUGGGUCCCGUUCCAGGGACGUGUUCCCUACCCGCGACCGGGCACAUGUCCAAGCAAGACGUUUGGAGGGUUCGACACGACGAAGGACUUCCCCGACGAAGUGGUCACCUUUGCUAGGAGCCACCCAGCCAUGUUCAACCCCGUGUCCCCCAUUAACAACAGACCCAUCAUAGUCAAAACAGACGUGGACUACCAGUUUACCCAGAUAGUGGUGGACAAAGUGGAGGCAGAGGAUGGACAGUAUGAUGUCAUGUUCAUUGGCACAGACAUAGGGACCAUUUUGAAGGUGGUGUCUAUUCCCAGAGGCUCUUGGCACGAUCUGGAAGAAGUCCUACUGGAAGAAAUGAACGUCUUCAGAGAGCCAACGGCCAUCACAGCCAUGGAACUUUCAACAAAGCAGCAACAACUGUACCUGGGCUCCGACAUCGGUGUGUCCCAGAUGCCUCUGCAUCGGUGCGAGGUCUACGGGAAGGCCUGCGCCGAGUGCUGCCUGGCCAGGGACCCUUACUGUGCGUGGGAUGGCACAGAGUGCUCCAGAUACUUCCCCAUGGCCAAGAGGAGAACAAGGAGACAAGACAUCAGGAAUGGAGAUCCACUCACGCAAUGUUCAGACCUGCAACAUUAUGAUGAGCUCAACGGGCAGACGACUCUCCUGUAUAAGACCGUGUACGGCGUGGAGAACAGCAGCACGUUCCUCGAGUGCAGCCCCAAGUCCCAGCGAGCGCUGACCUACUGGCAGUAUCAGCGUUCUACCGAUGACCGCAAACAGGAGAUUAAAUCUGAGGAGCGCUUCAUCAGCACAGACCAGGGCCUGCUGAUCCGCACGCUCGACAAGAAGGACUCUGGGAUCUAUCUGUGCCAAGCGGUGGAGCACGGUUUCAUGCAGACACUUCUCAAGGUCACCUUGGAGGUCAUUGACACCGACCGCCUGGAGGAUCUGCUGCAUCGCGACGAGGAGGCCGCCGCCGCUGCCGCCGCCCCUGCGCAAGACCUUCCCUCCACUCCCAAUCACAAGCUGUGGUACAGGGACUUCCUGUCGCUGGUCAACCAUCCGACUCUGAACAGAGUGGACGAGUUCUGUGAGCAGGUUUGGAAGAGGGAGCGGAAGCACAGGAAGCAGAAGGCUCAGCUGGUGCAGCAAGCGCAGCUCCACCAGCAGCAGCAGUCGCAGCAGCAGCAGCCGCAGCAGCAGCAGCAGCAGCAGAAGCUGGUGGCGAAUCCCCACACUCACAUGAACGCUCAAGGCCUGGCAGCCAAGUGGAAACACCUGCAAGAGAGGCAAAAGGGACGCAACCGCAGGACCCACGAACUGGAGAGGGCCCCUCGCAGUGUCUGACCCUGACCCAAGACCCGCCCACUUCUGGUUCUACCCCGCUAAGUAACUGACCCGCUUCCUCCUUUUUACUGACUUACAGACUCGGUUCACAGGGAUCGGAUAGGAAAGCUAAACUGGAAAAGGGCAAUGCUGUGCGCCACUGAUCCACUGGCUGGACAGCUCUGAGCGUGGGCAGUCAUGUUUAUAGCAGACCCGCACAGGGCCGCAGGAACCCGGAUGUUGGCCCACGCCGGGCUCAGUGAUGCAUAUUAUCUCAGCUGGCCUCUGUGGCCUAAGCUCCACGGAGGGGACAGCACGAAAACUGGAUACACGUAUUCACCCCACAGACAUGAAAGGCUCCCUGCUGAGUCGACCGUUUCAAUGGCAUUGUCUCAUGGCAUGCUUGUGUCUUUGUCAGUGUGAAACUAAAAUGAUACCCAAAAUACGUGUUUUUGUACCACACAGUAAAAGGGGGGGGGGGGGGGGUAUUUUAAAGUCAACAUACGUAAAAGUCCUGCUGUGGUGUGAGAAGCACUAACUAAGCUGGUGAUGGGAUGUUUGUUCCUUUCAUUUCAAACAGACGAGUCACAGAUGAUGAGUCACUGAUGCCCGGGCCCUGCAAGAAUUCACCAUUUGUCUUCACAAAGGCUGAUGUAGCUACGAUGUGUAAAUACUGUAGUUUAUGACAUGUCCUCAUACUAAAGGGAGUGGCUCGCAGUUGCCUUCUUGCUUUGUCCCAAUAAUACAUAGAAAUCUAUUUAAGGGAAUUUCAGUCAAAUGCAGUUGUAAAUGGGGGAUUUUGUACUAGUCCUGUGUCCUAGAUAAGCUUUUUGGUUCAUACUGUAUCUUUCUUUAAGUCACACAAUUCCUUCCAAUAUUAGUCAUGAUUAAGUUGUUUGUCCCAUUAUAGUCAUCUCUUAGCUCUUCCACGUUGACUCAAUCAUAGUUUGUAUAUGCUUUAUUCCUACUAUGUCUAUUUAUUGAUAUACAGUUAUGUACAUUGUGAAAAUAUUGUUCCAUGUUCAGGCUUUUGUUUUCCUGCCGUUUAUCAUUUGGCUUUAUCCACUUGAUUUACUGGACCAAUCUCUCUUAAAGGAACUGUGUCAUCACAAAGAUUGUAGUAAGACUGGAAGUUAUUUAUUGAAUACUGAUCAAUAUUACAUGCAUCAGACCUCAGCUGCACUGAGCAAUAACCCAGUAUCCAUGCUGUGUUUAUUAUCCAUAUGUAUUGUCUCAUUCGCAGACUGUGCAGUGUAAUAAUUUCCUUUUUGCUGCACGCAACAUAAACAACUCUUGCUCUCUGUAGAAAUCCACGAUUAUACUGUACAAUGAGCACACACAAAUCUGGAAUGUAGCUGUGAACAUCAUGUAAAUAUAAGUGUUUUAGUCUAUGUUUCAUAAGUAUGACACUGUACCGGUGCAUGUGAAUACUAUCGUAGUGUUCAAGUUUUGCUAAAGCAAAAAGUACUUGUCUGAUGUUGUCAACGUUACUCUGUUGUUUGCUAAUGCAGUACACAAUAGUAAUGGUUCUAGAGAUGUACAUACUAUUACUGUUAAAACUCUACAAUUGAUCAAAUCUAAGAGAAGUAUUAAAAAAAAACAGGAUCUCAUUGUGGACUGCAUGGUUCACAGAACUGCAAUGAACAAUCAGUGGAUCGUCCCUCGUCUGCCUGCAAGGUUCCACUUUUCGAAGCCAUGACGGAGAAACAGCUCAAAGAGUUGAACACCGGAGCCGCGUAACGUUCAGUAGACGCAUAAUAAAAUCAUCAUGAUAGAACAUAGAGAGCGCUUCACUGCAUCUGUGCUGGACAUAUGGCAAAGGCAAGGACAUGAAGUGCCGCUGCUGCUUUUUGGCAUGAUGGUGAUGAUGAUGUAUUCUACUGAUCUAAUAAAUGUCUCUUCAUAAAA